GGAAGAGUUACAACCCACAAAUAGACUUUCUUUUCAGAUGUUUAAAUAGGCCAUAAAAUUGACUCAUAUCCGUGUGACUACACAAUGGAGUGUACUGAAAUGCGUUCGAACCCAUACUACUUAACAACCCAAAGUUCAUAUGCUAUUAGACCACUAUAGAGUGGUUAAAUAAUAAAAGUUGUGUUUUUGAUCGGUGGUUUUAAGUUCUGUGUAAACACUCUCAAUAGUUUAUAUUCUUAAAUUUUGAUAUAGUAUAAACUGGUUGUACCAAAGAUAGAAUAAGUCCAUGGUUAUAGAUCACAUAGAGUUGUCAUUGAUAAAAUAGACUAAUAGUAGAUUUCAAAAGAAAUAGAGACUAUGUGCAGACCAUAACAUACCGAAAGGAAGAGAAAUUAAGAAAGUGAUGAAAAUUAAAAUAAACUAAAAUAAAUUUUGGAUAUACCCUAAAGAUGCCGGAGACUAAGCUUCUCCGAUCUCCUCUAUAAAUUUCCUCCGUCUGUGAAACCACAAUCACAACCACUUUUCCCUACCUCUCUAUCAAUAGGUUUCUCUCCUUUUGCCUCGUCCUUCUCCUUCGCCAACGUUAACACAACGUGACGGUAAGAGUAGUUACAAGUUUAUUGUAUUUUCAUUUAGAAAAAAAAGUUUAUUGUAUCUUUAUCCAAAUUUCGCACAAACUUGAAAGUAUUUUAUUAUGUAUAUUUUAAUAGUCUUACAUUACAAAAAAACCUUACUAUUAAGUUUUGAUUGUAUUAUCAUUAAAAAUACAAUACUUGCAAUAACAAACAAAAAAUACACAGUAUUAACUUUUGCAACUGAACGAAAACAGGAGAGACAAGAGAGGCUAAGAUGGCUGAACAACAACUAGGAGUGCUGAAGGCACUCGAUGUUGCGAAAACGCAACUUUACCAUUUCACAGCAAUUGUCAUCGCUGGAAUGGGUUUCUUUACAGAUGCAUACGAUCUGUUUUGUGUCUCCUUGGUGACCAAGCUUCUUGGCCGCCUCUACUACUUCAAUCCAUUGUCGGAAAAGCCUGGCUCACUUCCCCCUCAUGUCGCGGCUGCAGUCAAUGGUGUGGCUCUCUGUGGGACUCUUGCUGGUCAGCUAUUCUUCGGAUGGCUCGGUGACAAACUCGGAAGGAAAAAAGUGUAUGGUAUCACUUUGAUCAUGAUGAUUGUGUGCUCUGUGGCUUCCGGUCUCUCCUUUGGUAACAAAGCCAAGGGUGUCAUGACCACUCUUUGCUUCUUCAGGUUUUGGCUGGGAUUCGGUAUUGGAGGUGAUUACCCUCUUUCUGCAACCAUUAUGUCUGAAUACGCUAACAAGAAGACUCGUGGUGCUUUCAUCGCUGCCGUUUUCGCCAUGCAAGGUGUUGGUAUCUUAGCCGGAGGUUUCGUGGCACUUGCUGUCUCUUCCAUUUUUGACAAAAAGUUUCCAGCUCCGACCUAUGCAGUCAACAGGGCUCUCUCAACGCCUCCACAAGCUGACUAUAUUUGGAGAAUCAUCGUCAUGUUUGGCGCGCUACCUGCAGCUUUGACUUACUACUGGCGUAUGAAGAUGCCUGAAACUGCUCGUUACACCGCUUUGGUUGCAAAAAACAUCAAACAGGCCACACAAGACAUGUCCAAGGUCUUACAAGUGGAGCUUGAGAUGGAGGAAAGAGCAGAGGAUAUCGUUAAAGACCCUAGACUUAACUAUGGCUUGUUCUCCAAAGAGUUUGCCAAACGUCAUGGUCUUCCCCUCCUUGGAUGUACCUCCACAUGGUUCUUGCUUGACAUUGCAUUUUACAGCCAAAACUUGUUUCAAAAAGAUAUCUUUUCGGCUAUUGGAUGGAUCCCAAAGGCAGCAACCAUGAACGCAAUCCACGAGGUUUUCAUGAUUGCUAGGGCACAAACACUCAUUGCACUUUGCAGUACCGUCCCCGGCUAUUGGUUCACGGUUGCAUUUAUUGAUAUUAUGGGAAGGUUUGCGAUUCAGCUAAUGGGUUUCUUCAUGAUGACCGUCUUUAUGUUUGCGAUUGCCUUCCCUUACGACCACUGGAUCAAACCGGACAAUCGUAUCGGUUUCGUGGUUAUGUACUCCCUUACCUUUUUCUUUGCUAACUUUGGUCCAAACGCAACCACCUUCAUCGUACCGGCUGAAAUCUUCCCAGCCAGGCUAAGGUCCACAUGCCACGGAAUAUCAGCCGCAACAGGCAAGGCCGGAGCCAUCGUGGGAGCUUUUGGUUUCCUAUACGCAGCUCAACCACAAGACAAGACCAAGACAGAUGCAGGAUAUCCACCGGGCAUCGGAGUCAAGAACUCUCUGAUCAUGCUUGGUGUCAUUAACUUUGUCGGUAUGCUCUUCACCUUCCUUGUCCCUGAACCCAAAGGUAAGUCCCUUGAAGAGCUCUCCGGUGAGACUGAGGUUGAGAAGUGACCACGCCGUAAUAUUUUCAAUUGUAUGUGUUAUUUGUUUGUGUCAUUCUUCUUAUAUUUGUUUACUUUUUGUGAUGUGUGACGUGAUAAUCGUAAUGGCACCCAUGCUUUUGUAUAAUUCGAUCAAUUCUCAAAGAAA